AUCGCGAAUUUCUCGGAAGGCAAAUAACACUAAUCAUAAUUCAAUUUGCUCGAGAAUCAAGUUGUAUUUUCAGAAUUUCAGAUGAUGCAUCUCAUCGAUGGUUAAAGUUGGCAGGUGCAUGCUGAGAUGAUACAAGGAGAGCGGAAUUCCGUGGAGUAUGGAUGUGUGUUCUUGAGGUGGCGAGGGUGGAUGUUAGAAAGAAGAGAGAGAGAGAGAGAUGAGGAGAUAUUUCGCUGUGCCCAGUGAAUGACUGAAAAGCGUCGGCGACUUUCAGCUGUUGUCAUAAUUCUAAAGAUGUUCAAAUGUUUUUGGACGCCCCACUCCCGCCUCACUCCCAAGCACUAACCAAGCACCACAAGCUCCCGUACCGGAAUCUGAAGUUUCACAUAAGUUUCUUGUGCGGCAGUCGAAGCUCCAGGAUCUUAGUGCGCGUACAACGGUAGCCGCAACACAUACACACAUAUACUCCUUCCACAUCCGAGAAGAUCGGAGAUCCGAAGAGAUAAACGUCCUUUUCGCUGGUAGCUGCAACUUCUUCGAGCCGAAUGGAAGAGGAACAAGGACGAGUGUGAAUGGUGACCAGUGUUUCCGUUUAGUGAUGUAUGAAGCUGAACAUCCGCAGAAGACUAUGCCUGAACCGCUUCUCGUCACCUGCACUGUAAUUUCACGCAGAAGUCAGAAAUAAGAAGAACAACAAGAAGAACAUAAAAGAACGAGAUCAUAUUACGAGAAGACUUUGGGACAAUCUCCGAUUCGCCGAGCGCAAUGGAUUUAGAUAAUCCGUCGUACUUCUCGAUGGCAGGCAAAACGGACUCGUCGUCUCCGCAGAUGAGCAGAGAGGAGAGGAAGAAGCAGCAGAUCACCAGAAGCCUGCUGCGAUCGGUGAGCACCAAUUCGGGCGACUCGAACCAAGAGCUUCUGAUCAUGGGUGAACCAAGGUUAUCGGACAUCGCGCCGGAACUGAGCAGCAAGUAUCCCCAGGAACCGAGGAGGGCAAACUCCCUGAAGAGCAACAGAUCUGAACCCCGCACCGACUUAAUUUAUUCCCCGCUGCCGACGUCCGAGGAUGCCGCGUGCUCGGAAGCCUCGGACGACGAGGAAGUGUUUCUAAACGAAGAUUGCGCUAAGUAUUACAAUUUAACGGCGAAGGCCGGAAGCACGGCCAGCCGUAGAAGGCAUUCGAUCAGUUCCUUCAUGGACAGGGAACGAUCGGUCAGUAUCGCCUCGUCCUCGAAGAGCUACAAAGAGGAGCUACCACAGGCGACGGUGCACGCAACCCCAGAAGGUGUCCCCGUGAAGGCCACGACAACAAUUCCCAUCGACGAUCACUCGCUGAGGCACGGAUCGUACCCCAGGAAGCGCUGCAACCGCUGCACCAGAGGAUCUGUAAAACGCGCCGCAGACAUGGACGACAUCCUCAUCAUCUCGGUGAGGGAGAGCGAGGCGGCGAAGCUCUGGGUGGAUUACUUCGUCUCGUAUUUCGAGCAGUUCGGAAAAGAUCCGAGUUUGAACCCAACGAAACCCUACAAGGUGCAUCACCUGGGAAUCGAGGAUAUCAUCGAAGCCAACGGCGAUGUCAGACUAAUCGCCGAGAAGACUUCCGGCGUUAAACUGCAACUCAUCGUGCUUUGCCCCAUGCUGCUCAAGAAGAUCGCCGAUAAUCUGCAGUCGACUGCUAGCUUAUCGAAAAUACUUUUACCCGAUCGGAUUUUGGCCCUUCAGCUCGGAACCUCCGAUGAUGAUAUCACAGAUUUACACAAAACUGCGCUUUGCUCGUAUUCCCAAUGGCAAAGACGCGGUGUCGGUCAAGACCAGGACGCCAAGUUCGUUCAAGACUUCGUCACAGCAGCCAUGGCGAUCUUCACCAAAGUCUGGAAGCAACAAAGCUCCAUAGCAACCGAAGAAAACUCUCAAUUUUCGGUAUCCCCCAAGAAAAUUCGCAUGGGACAAACGAGCGUUCUGGUGCUUCUCACGUAUCCGCUCCAGAAGGAGGACGUAGUGAAAAUCACCAUAGUCAAAAAUGACGAGUUCACCGAAGUGAAGACAGUGAAACGUAGGAAUCCGUACACCCUGAAGAUCGCCAUCCCCGAGAAGUUCUUAGAAGUGUCGGCCAUAGUGACCGUCCUCGUCGAGAAGAACGGAAGCGUAAUUGGAAAGAGACCCAUCAAGUGCGAAAGCAGGCUGCGCGAGCUCGAACAGAUUUUACGCUCCAGCAACAACCCCGUCGAGUUUAUGUGCCAGACCCUAGGAUUCAGCCCUCACGACACCGAGCAGUUGGACAACUGGAUGGUGCACAUGUUCCAAAAGAACGUACCACCAAACUUCAACUUCUUCAUCAACCAAACAGCUUAUUCUAAAGGCAAGAGCAGCAACGAGGAGUACCCCACUUUAUUGCAUUUCGCCGCGAGAUUCGGAUUGGAGAAGUUGGCUGUACAAUUGUUGGAUAGUCCCGGUGGUGAAAUGGCGUGCGAUAUUAGGAACAUCAACGAUUGCGUUCCAGUCGACAUCGCCGACAAUUGCGGUCAUCUAGAAAUCUCCAAAAUCCUAAGAGAUCACAUGAAAAUGAAUGAGCUUACCAAUAUUUACAUUCAGCUUAAAGACCUAUCAGAAAGCUCCAAGCAGCAGUCCCAGGUCCCAAAGAAACCCCAAGAUGAAGUCUACUUGAAACCCACGUCGGCCGGAGACUUUUACAAAUUGUGCCCAGCCCCGAAACCCGUAUUACACUCCCCCUUGACCCCGACAAUAGCCGAAGAACCUCCGCAAUACCUUCAAAUGGAUAAGGUGACUCCGAUGUCGUCCCCUUUAUCAGAAGUACUUCCCUCGUUUCAUCAACCCAAAUGCUCGGGAAAAACACCGCAUCACACCUCCCAGACGAGCAUAAAUUCCGUGACAAAAAACGUGCUCGCCCCAGAGGACAAGGUCCAAGUGGAACUGGCGGAGAUCAUCAACGACUUCAAGAAUAACGUGCACACGAUCACGCAAACCGAGCAGCUCGUCGCCGAAUGGCAAAAUCGCAAUUACGUCCAGAGAUCUUUCAAGGAGAAGAAAGAGCAGCUGGAGCACAUGAGGUUGGCCUACGAGCAGCUGCAGCGCGACAUGAAAUCGAAAACGAAGAAAACUGGCACCUUCGAUAUGCUGAAGAAGCUAUUCGGAUUGGGCAGCUCGAGUUCAUCGAAGGAAGAAAAACUCGAAGUUGGAUAUCCUCAGAAUCCGAUCAAGAAUGAUAUGAGUAUAAGCAACCCGAGACCGGUCAGCAGCUUAAGCAUUCAAAGCACAUCGAGCUCUUCAUCGUCUGGUAGGAUAAGUACGAUCAGUGGAUGUAGCCUCGGAGAUAGCGGAACGCAUUCAGAUCACGAGGAGAGAAAGAAUAUCAUCAAUUCCGACACAGACAGGGAGUUGUCUCUCAAUUACAUGAUCCCUCCAGCACCGAAACCCAUUAAGCAGGGUAUGUUUGCUGGCAAGAACAUGUUCCCCACCAUCGAAGAGCGUCCACCACAUCCAGUUCCAAGACCCGGUUCUGAUAUUUCUGAUUCAUACUACAUUCAAUUCCCACCAAACGGUUCUCCUGUCGAAGUUUCGAGGGACUCACAAGAAUACAUCAAUUUCCCUAUUAAACCGCAGUCCGCUGACAGAAUAAGUCAUGAAUACAUGAACUUCAAAGCCCCAUAAAGGAUCAAGACUUUCGCCACCCACACACACACACAGCAUUUUGUUUGUUAUAUGUAUUAUAUAUAUAUUUUA